CAGCCGUCGGCAGCUUAAAGACUAGAAUAUUAAACCUGAAAACUCAUACCAAAUAUACCUUGUUUCCAAGAAGAUUCAAAAAGAGAAAGAAAAAAGAUUCAAUCUUGAUUUUUGUUCUUGUUAAUCAAGUCUUAAAGUUUUGAUUUUUAAUAUCUGGGGUUUGUGUAAAACUUUGAUUGGAUUCUUGAUUUUGGGAUAAUAAGACUAUGGGGUUCAAGAAAGAUGAAGCAAGUUCAUCUUCUCAUGUUUUGAGUAUCCCAAGAGAAGAUACACCACUUCUUGGCAAGAUUCAACAUCUUUCUUCUCCUUCCAAGACUUUUGCUAAUGUUUUCAUUGCCAUAGUUGGAGCUGGAGUUCUUGGUCUUCCUUACACCUUUAAGAGAACUGGAUGGGUUAUGGGUUCUAUCAUGCUCUUCUCAGUUGCCUUUCUUACUUACUACUGUAUGAUGCUUUUGGUCUAUUCUAGGCGUAAGGUUGAAUCCCACAUCAAAGCUGCAAAAAUUUCAUCUUUUGGUGAUUUGGGGUUUGCUGUGUGUGGACCUGUUGGUAGAUUGUCUGUUGAUCUUAUGAUUAUUCUAUCUCAAGCUGGUUUUUGUGUUAGUUACUUGAUUUUUGUGGCUAAUACUUUAGCAUAUUUGUUCAGCUAUUCAAUUGCAAAACCAGAUCCCAAAAUCUUGGGAUUUUCACCCAAAGCAAUGUAUAUAUGGGGCUGUUUCCCAUUUCAGUUGGGGUUGAAUUCAGUUCCCACACUGACCCUUUUAGCCCCUUUGAGUAUUUUUGCUGAUAUUGUUGAAUUAGGAGCUAUGGGUGUAGUGAUGGUUGAGGAUGUGAUGAUUUACCUCCAGAACAGGCCUGUUCUUGAAAUGUUUGGUGGGUUCAAUGUGUUUUUCUAUGGACUUGGUGUGGCUGUGUAUGCUUUUGAAGGGAUUGGUAUGGUUUUGCCUUUGGAAUCAGAGACAAGAGACAAGGACAAGUUUGGGAAAAUCUUGGGAUUGGCAAUGGGCUUCAUAUCUUUGUUGUUUGGUGCUUUUGGAGUAUUGGGCUACUUUGCAUUUGGGGAAGACACUAAAGAUAUAAUCACUACUAAUCUUGGGCAGGGAUUGCUCAGCACCUUUGUUCAACUUGGCCUUUGCAUAAACCUGUUUUUCACUUUCCCCCUUAUGAUGAAUCCAGUCUAUGAAGUAAUGGAAAGGAGAUUCUGGGAAGGCAGGUACUGUGUGUGGUUGAGAUGGCUUAUGGUUUUAGCAGUGACUUUUGUUGCAUUGGCGGUGCCCAAUUUUGCUGAUUUCUUGUCACUUGUUGGCAGCAGUGUGUGCAUUGUUUUGGGGUUUGUGUUGCCUUCUUUGUUUCACUUAAUUGUGUUCAAAGAUGAAUUGAGAUGGCAUGGUUUCGUUUUUGAUGCUGCAUUGAUUGUCAUGGGCACAAUUUUUGCUGUCUAUGGAACCUAUUCUUCCCUGAUGGAGAUAUUAGCAAAAAAAGCUUAGUUUCUUUUCCUCAUAGCAUUUCAUAAGAUGUAUAUUGAAGAGAUUGUUUUUAUUCCUAAGCAAAGGGCAAGUAAGUCCACACUUUGUUCCUACUAGUAAUUCAUUUGUUAAGCUAUUGUUUGUGAGUAUGUUGAGGGGUGUGAGGGUCAUGUUCAUGUAUGAUUG